AUGCUAAUUACCUUCCAAAAGCAGCAGGUCGACGACCCGAAUCGAAAUCUGUUGGAUGAGUAUUGCGCCGGUGACUCAAUCCUAAAACUCAACAUUGGAGGCACCGUAUUUCGGCUGAAAAUUGCCAGCAUUUUUGCGAGAAACGAUGAUUCGCGGCUUGUGCAUUUUGCCACAUUUGAUUUGGAGAAGCGGCAAGCUAAAUGUGAUGCGUAUAUUCAGAGCACAGAUGAAUAUUAUUUUGAGCGAUCUGCUGUACUAUUCGAUUCGAUUUUUAAAUAUUACGCGACCGGACAAUUGCAUAGACCCCUCGACGUGUGCCCCAGUGAAUUCUCACAAGAACUUGGAUUUUGGCGAAUCUCCGAGGGUUUCAUGUCGCCCUGCUGCCAGCGCGGAUUAAAUCAACUAAGCGCUUCCCUUGAAGAAUUGGCAAUGAAGAUUGAUGAGCCUAUUCAACCCAGUGAUCGCUCGUUGAGAUCUCGUUUACACGCGUUUUGCGAAGGUGAUGGGACGCCUCGUGCUCGGCUCGAUCCACGAUCUUCAAGUUCUCAUAAAAAGAAGCAGAAUCCGGAUGGAAGCAAAGAAACGUUGCGGCUAUUGGCAAAUGCAACGGAUAUAGCCGAUGAUCCGGAUGUGAUCUGGGAGCCAAAUCCAGCAUUUGGAUAUGUGGAACCAGUUUGUAUUCUCUGGUUUACAUUCGAAUACCUACUCCGAAUUAUCGUAACUCCAAAUCGGUUACAAUUUUUCUGCGGUAUUAUGAAUAUCGUGGAUCUAAUAGCCAUCCUGCCGUUCUAUCUCGAGAUGGGAUUAUCCAUUUUUGGAAUAGACAUCGCUAGUUUGUCCGAUAUUAAAGGAGCCCUACUUGUGGUUCGUGUGCUCCGAGUACUACGUGUGGUUCGUAUUCUAAAACUGGCCGUUAUUCGUCCGGAAUGUGGACGUUUGCCC